GCCCCGGCAGUACCGCAGCGGAGCUGUCAGCUCAGCCCAGAGCGCGCCGAGCCUCGCACUGUGCGCACUGCCGGGGCGGGCGCUGCUGCGCCCUGUGCACGGCGGGUCCCGGCGCUUGGCUCCACUCCCCGUCCCGGGGCCGCCGCGCAGCCUGGGCAGAAAUGGGACUUGCCCGCGGGCUGUGAAGGAGACAGUGCCCCGCCGCCCCGUGCCACCGACCGACCGCCGGCGAGCGAGCGAGUGCGGGCAGCUCCCGGUCCCGGCCCGGCUGGGGCGAGGGGGACGAGCCUUGCGCGGGGGAGCCCUGGGGGGCCUGGGACCGGAGACAGAAAAAUGAAAACCCACCCAGCCAUUGCUUUCCUCCUCCUCUUCGUCGUCAGCUAUGGCUCUUCUGAAAACUCAAGUACGUCCAGAGGGUGUGGACUGGAUCUUCUCCCCCAGUAUAUUUAUCUGUGUGACCUGGAUGCCAUUUGGGGAAUAGUAGUGGAGGCAGUUGCUGGAGCAGGAGUGCUGACAACAUUGCUGUUGAUGCUGAUUUUGCUAGUGAGGUUGCCAUUCAUCAAGGACAAAGAGAAGAAGAGCCCAUUGGGAAUGCAUUUCCUCUUUCUCUUUGGGACACUAGGACUGUUUGGACUGACUUUUGCAUUCAUCAUACAGGAAGAUGAAACAGUAUGUUCCACUCGAAGGUUUCUGUGGGGAGUUAUCUUUGCGUUAUGCUUUUCCUGUUUGCUAGCUCAAGCCUGGAGAUUACGUAGACUAGUUCGACAUGGCAAAAGUCCAUCUGGUUGGCAUCUAGCUGGCAUGGCAAUCUGUCUUAUGCUGGUCCAGGUCAUUAUUGCAACGGAGUGGCUAAUACUAACAGUUGUGAGAGAGAAGAAGCUGGCCUGCAAUUAUGAGCCAGUGGAUUUUGUUAUGGCUUUGAUUUAUGUUAUGUUCUUGAUGAUGGUUACCAUGGGAGUCUCUCUGUUCACCCUAUGUGGAAAGUUUAAGAAGUGGAAGAAAAAUGGAGGAUGCCUAAUUAUAACAAUUUUUUUCUCUAUUCUAAUUUGGGUAGCUUGGAUAACUAUGUACCUGUUUGGCAAUACUGAACUGAGGAAAAAAGACAAAUGGAAUGACCCCACUCUUGCCAUUGCACUGGUGUCCAGUGGUUGGGUGUUUAUUUUUUACGCUAUCCCAGAAGUUCAUUGCACCAUUCUUCCAUCACAGCAAGAAAACACACCCAAUUAUUUUGAUACUUCGCAACCAAGAAUGCGUGAAACUGCUUUUGAGGAAGAUAUACAACUUCCUCGGAGCUACAUGGAAAACAAAGCCUUUUCAAUGGAUGAACAUAAUGCAGCUUUAAGAACGGCAGGAUUUCGCAAUGGCAGCUUGGGAAGCCGACCUAGUGCUCCCUUUAGAAGCAAUGUUUAUCAGCCAACUGAGAUGGCAGUUGUGCUAAAUGGUGGGACUAUACCAACUGCUCCACCAAGUUACACUGGAAGACACCUCUGGUGAAAGGCUAUAGGUUCUAGAGAUAAGAAUCUUUGUUACAAAUGUUAUUCCCUGGCAGUGUGUCUUUCUAAGGGAGGAAUCAAUAAUACCACAACAAAGCAACCAGACAUCCAGGAGCUUUGGAAUCCUUGAGAGGAUUUUAUGUAAAUGUGAAUACUGUUGAACUGAUGAGCUAAUCACAAAAACAAAACUCUUCAAAAUUCAAGAUAAAUUUAAUUAAAAAUAGAAAUAGGCACACUUUGAAAUGGAAGAGAGGACAUUGCGCAUUCUUAAAUGUGAGAGAGAACCUGCCUGUAACUAGUGUGCGAGGCAAGCCUGAUUUUGGUUGGUUUCCAGCUGUUUGCAAAAAAAAAACAAAAAAAAAACAAAAACCCCUCUCCCACCCCAACUCUCCCAUACCAACUUAAUCCAUGCUGCCACUACAGUGUGAAAGUAUGCAGGGUUUCUUCCUACUUUAUUUUUUUUUCCUCUUCAAGUGUUGUGAAGUGUCUUGAUUGCUCCAUUAUCCAUCUCUGCUGUGAACGUCAUCUAGGGUCAUCGUCAGUCUGUGGCAACUAAAUUACCAUGAGUCAACAAUGAGACAUGAUCCACUUAAGGGGGUGGGGGAGGAGUAUCAAAUUUGGUUGUGGUGAAAGGAAAUGACUGUGCAUGCUUCAUGCAACUUUGCGAAGCAUCUGUAUGGCAAGAGUGAAGGUAGUCAGAUCAUCUCAGCAAUGUAGAAUCAGACACUGCAGUUCAAGAUGCCCUGUUGAUGCAGUCUUACUCCAGAGUACAAGCAAAGAACCACGUGUUCUCAAACCCUCAAAUUUUUUUAUAUAUGUACCCUUGAGGGCACUAAGUCAAAUUAUGGAGGGCCAAGCUUCAGCAAAGAAUCUUAGCUGAGGAGAGAAUGUGGCUUGGGGUUGCCAAAAGGAAUCCCAUAGGAUGAUGGAUUAAAGGAAACCUACUGUAUUACAUAGAACUUAGUUUGUGUUCUGAUGGCUGAUCCUGUAAGGUGCCAAGCAAAAACUCAAGGGGAGGGAAAGGUACUGAUCACCUUCCAGGAGGAGCUUUGUAAUUUGUGGGAUUGGACCCUCUCUCCUAAAGUUGGAACAGGUGCUGUAACCCUGCUCAUGGGAGUAGCCCCAUUGACUGCAAUUGUUUGUGCAUCUUAAUGUAUUUGUGUCUUUUAAUGCAUAGCUAGGAGAGUCUCCACUCUAGAGGUUCAGGGGGUUUUGUGUUUGGAGUUGGGAUAAGAAAGCUUUGGGAUAAGGGUUUUUUUACCAAGGCUUAUCUAGGCUAUGUAACAAGUUCUUACUGCCCAUUAUUCUUGCCACGCUUUUUGUUACUUUUAAAGCGAAUCAUUCCUUUAUUAUUUAGCAUUUAAUACAUAUCAAACAUUGAAAGCAUCAUUGUAUCCUCAUUGUUUGGUCAACAUAACGCCUAGCUUUCCUAGAUACUAAAAGCAAUUGUUUUUACAUGAGGGUGUGGGUUAUGUAUAAGGGUAAAAUUUUGCAUAAGUUGUAAUAUAUAUAUAUUCUAUUUUCAAAUGAAAAAUAAAAUGAUAAUAUACAAAGAAAACUGAAUAGCUCAGUAGCUUCACAGAAGGACACUAUUUGCUGCAUACCACAAAAGAAAGAUAAGCUGUUUAUUUUUUUUAAAAGGCUCCCUGUUUCUUCUUGUACAUCUUCACAGUAAACAGACCUAAUCCUGUCGUCUUGUACUCACAUGAAUAGGCCCCAUUGACAUCAAGAGGUCUACUCACAGGUGUAAGGGCUGCAGGAUCAGGCCCUAAGCAUUACACACAAGAUAUAUUUUGCCAUUCUUGCCAUGAUCACCUUAUAGGAUUUUAUUUCUAACAGCCCUUCUGGUUCAGGAACCAUACUUUUCUGUCAUGCAUGAUUAAAGGAACAUGUUAGAUUCAUGACUGAUGUUCCCAAUACAGGCAAAGUGGAAGCAUGUGCUUGCUUUUAAGAA